AUGUCGAGGACGCUCUCGCUCUUCGCCUUGCUCGACAUGGCGCCGCCGUCACCUGGCAUGGAAGGCUCUGACUCGAGCCGUGGCUGCAGUCCCAUGGCAUUCGACCCCCUCAAUCUGCGCAAGCCCAAGACGACUACACAGAACAGUCCCCUGUUCAAGCUGCCAGAUGACAUCUUCAAGUGCGUCUUGGACUACCUCGACAGAGAUGAGGCCUGGAGUCUGAAGAGGCUAUGCAAAGGCUUGUCCAGGAGUGAUUCGGUUAACCAGUUGCUCUACAAGUAUCCAAUGCAGCUGAGCGACGUGCGCGAUCUGAGGCUGGGCGACUGGAAGUACCGCCCCAGUGGCCAGAUACGGUGGCAAAGCUUCCAGGAGAGCAUUGAUGACGAAAACAGAAACUACGUGCAGAAACUGGCUCUGUCACACUGGGCGAGCAUAGACGACUUUCGGUGGAUAGAAGCGAAUCUACCCGCGCUUACUAGCCUGGACAUAUCAGCCAUCAAGGACUUUGUCUGGACACCCGAGGAGACUUGGACAUGGAAGAUGCUGGCAGAAGCAUGUCCCAUGCUUUUCAACAGGCUAGAGGAGCUCGAGGUUGCGAAUUGGGCCGACUACACCGCGCACGCCCGAAUCGAGUACAGCUACUCGUACAACGAUUAUCGCUUCAAGCAGAAAUUCCGAAUCUCGAGGCGGAGAGGAGGCGGCUCGGUUUCAAAGGAGAUCUUUCCACUUUGCCACAAACUAAAGACACUCGCAAUCCGUGAGCGGUACUCUGGCUUCCACACCUGGAACGAAUGGGAAGUUCAUCAGCGUGUUUGCUGUCUUGUCGACGGUGUUCAGAACAACUGCCCAUCCAGCCUGACGAAGCUCAAAGUGCACGACUAUGCACCGUACCGUUCGCUCUUCUCCACCGAUGCCACCGAGUGGCCGCAAAUCACAGACGUCGAGAUUGGUCUAUACAGCUGGAUGGAAGAUCGCCGCGAGAGAGACGUAAUCGGGCCCAUCCCCUACCGCAUCACACAAGGGCACCAUCAUCGCGAUGAGGAGGAGGCAUUUGACGACAAAAGCUAUGACCAGUGCAAGCGCGACCACAUGACACUCGGCAACCAUGUUGUUCAGGGUGUUGGUGCUUCUUUUGAGGAGUUGCUCCAGAGCCUCCAGACUAUCUCGAAGAAGUACCCAAGAAUCAAUAUCAAGCCGAUCCGUAACCUGGACAAUAUCACAUUACACCCAUUCCACCUCGUCAACGUCAUGCAGCGACGAACUCACUUCGGACAGCAGAACGCACAGACCAACACCAUACCGCCAGUUGACCCUUGCUCGAACGCAGACGUGCAGGAUGCUAUACGCUGGCUCCUCAAGAAAUGCAAUUGGAAGCCCGUCCUUUCCUGGGAUACGAUGAUGUGCGACGUCUUUCCCGCAAACCUCGAGCCCAACCGCACCUUUCUUCCAAAGGCUGAAGUCCUGACCCGCAUUCAGACCAUGGUCACAACACUUCGCAGCCUCAACAUCCCCAUUCGCAUCUCCAUUGGCGACCGCUCCCACCUCUCCCACUCCUCUGGCCUUGACGGUUCUCUGUACUUCGGCGACUUCAAAGCUCUCAGCGGUACCGGCGACGACAAAGAAGAACUGCUUCUUCCUACUCAAGCUCGCUUCAACCUCACAGCCAUCGCGCACAUGGUCGACGAACUCAACAUACAGUACCCCGCUAACGUUCCCGGUGUGAGCGGCUACAUCCGCACACACCGCCGUCAAUUACCGGCAGAGAAGACACUCAUGCAUCGCGAGAUGACUGGAUGGCGCCGUUUUUGGGCGCGCUACGCCUCUCAAUUCACCCACCUUAAGAAGCUGACGGCCAACGUUCCAAUCGACAUCUACGAGGACUGGGCGAAAACGGAGCUUCCCACUCUACUGAGUGACGGGAGGUGGGAGAUGCUAGAGAUUCCCGAAAAUAUGGGAGAAAACGAUGUUUUGGGGAACAUCUUCCCGUUCUCUAGUAUGAAAUAUCCGUUUGCUAGGAAGAAGGGAAGAGUAAAGUUUGCACAGAAGGUGUUCUUCCGCCAGGACAAUGCACCGCUCAACUUCCCCACGCCUCGCCCAGGACUGUCAGAAAACGAGCGCGAGAUCAGGCACAUUGACGAUGCAGAGAUUGCAGAUCGUGAUCACGCAGCGCACCGAUUUUGGACGCCCAAGGACGAUGCUGAAACGAACACGAUGCCUACCUCCGACCCGGCAAACACGGAUGCUGACGCCAAAUUCGCCGGCGAGAAGCGCAGGGCCACCACGACGUCCGAUUUGGAACAUGUCAGGGCGAACAAGAAGCAGAAGAUCGAGGAACAUCUGGCAUGA